GGGGGCAGCAGUCCAUGAGAGGCUGCCGACAGAACCCACCAGCCGCCGACUGGACGGAACCGAGAUGUACUCCCAGGUCCCUCGUGACACCCCAUGGGUCCCGCUGCUUGGCCUCGCGUUCCUCUUCCUCCCCGCGGCGUACGCUGCCAAAUGCCCCCAGCAGUGCAUGUGCGACCAGAUCCAGCUAAGCGUCGCCUGCGUCAACAAGAACCUGACUGAGGUUCCUCCCACAGUGGACGAGAUCACGGUGAAAUUGGACCUUCGAGGGAACGACAUCCAGGAACUCCCCACCCGAGCGUUCAGACACACCCCGUACCUGACUCACCUGUCUCUGCAGCGCUGCAACAUCCGUAGGGUGAAGGAGGGCGCGUUCCGAGGCCUCGGCCGCCUGGUCUUCCUCAACCUGGCAAGCAACAACAUUGACAUCCUCUACCAGGAGUCCUUCGACGGUCUGUCCUCGCUGAAGCAGCUCACGAUAGACCGGAACCGCGUUGAGGAGAUCCAGCCUGGAGCGUUCUCCCAACUCGGCUUCCUGAACCUGCUCUCGCUUACACACAACCAACUUGUCUACAUCCCCAACAUGGCCUUCCAGGGUUUGCAGAACAUCAAGUGGCUUCGUCUCAGUCACAACUCUUUGAACUACUUGGACAUUGAAGCCUUCGCUGGCUUGUUCACCCUCAACCGGCUCAGUCUGGACCACAACGAGCUGCAGUUUUUUCCCACCGAGACCAUGACCAGAUUGCCAGAAGUGAUCCGCCUGGAUUUGAGCUACAACCCCAUGACGUACCUGGGUGAGGACUCCGUGUCCAUGGCCAAGCUGAGUCACCUCUUCCUGGAUCACAUGUCCCUGCAGGACCUGGCUAACACGGCCGUAUCCAAGUCCCCCAGCCUCACCCACUUGGACCUCAGCCACAACCAGCUACGUGUCAUCCAACCGUUCUCGGAAGGCACCCCUAAGCUGGCUCGGCUCCACCUGGCCGGAAACCCCAUCUACUGUAACUGCUACAUGCGUCCACUCAGGGAGUGGGCAAUCCGUAGUAAGGCGAAGCUGGUAGGCACAUGCGCAGGACCUUCGCACCUCUCCGGAGAGAUCCUGGAGGCUGUCCACCCUCCAGAGCUGCGCUGUCAGAGCCAGGAGGCCAUGCUGAAGGCAGAGUUUGAGGAGGCAAGUAGAAGACAGCCGCCACCCACUGAGGAGCCGGAGGACAAAGUCAAGUGUCCCGCUAACUGUGUCUGUGAGGCCGAGACGCACCAUUCCUCCUGUGAGAACCGCGGUCACACCAAAGUUCCUCGGGGUUUCUCUCCCGACACGCGCCUCCUUGACCUGCGUGGCAACAACUUCCACUACAUCCCAAGCAACAGCUUCCCUGGCAUCUCCCAGGUGGUGUCGCUGCACCUGCAGCGCUGCCAGGUCGUAGAGGUGGACGACGGCGCUUUCAGCGGCAUGAAGGCCCUCAUUUACUUGUACCUCUCAGAGAAUCACAUCUCAUCCCUCAGCCCUGAAGCAUUUAAAGGACUCCCUCAGCUGACUUACCUCCACCUAGAGAAGAACAGCUUCACAAUCUUCCCGAAAGGAGCCUUUAAACUGCUUCCCGGUCUACUCGCGCUUCAUUUGGAAAACAACUCCAUUGCCAAGCUCGAGGCGAACGCCCUGAAUGGCGCCGAGAGCCUCAGAGCCCUCUACCUCACGGGGAACGCCGUUGACCACGUGUCACCGAAAGCUUUGGAGCAGGCCGCUGAUCUCGAUACGCUCCACCUGGCAGGGAACAAGCUGAAAGAGGUGCCCACUGAAGCCCUGAGAAAUUUGGAAAACAUGAAGGACCUGAGACUGUCGGGGAAUGCCAUUCGCUGGGUGGGGUCAAAUGCCUUCCAGCCUUUGGGGAAAUCGCUGAGGGAGCUUUAUUUGGAUAAUAUGGGUUUGGAGAAGAUGUCGCAGAGCUCCCUGGCAGGAUUGGGUCCAGGUUUGAGGAGUCUCUUCCUGGAGGGCAACCAACUGGAAGAGGUGCCGGACCUCCAUCCGCUCUCCUCUUUAGAGGUCAUCAACCUGGCGGACAACCCUCUGAUGUGCGACUGCCCUCUACUGCCACUACGCCUCUGGAUUGAGAAAGUCAACCUAAAGGUACGAGCCACCUGUGCCAACCCACCUGAGCUAAGGGGUCGUAGAGUCAAAGACGUCCAUGUUUUCAAGGCCUGUCCAGGAGGAGAAGCUCUUCCCUCUGUUCCUAGCGUGGCCCCAAAGCGCGCUAAGACGCCCAAGGCGACGAAACCCAAGCCGAUGCACCUUGGACGCGUUAAGCAGGGCAAGAUGCUCAAAACCAAAUCCAAACUUCGCAAGAGCCCAAAGAUGAAAGCGGCCAAGAAAAGAGCAUGAACCUGCUGUGCGCUUACUAAACCAAAGCUCCAAUAGUUUCAUGUUUGCAGUAUGUCCUCAGCGAAGAGUCUCCAUAGCAUUAGAUGUUUUCCAAACCUUUACCAUCUGAAGCGGUCAUCAAUACAGAACUGACAAUUGGCCUGAUGCUGCCAACCACUACACAACAAUUAAUUUGCUAAGAUUAUAGGGGACAAAUAACAAAUUUACUUUUUAUUGUUUACAUACAAACAGUCUGGUCUCUGGAGUGCCUGCCCACACAUCAAGUGUGAAAUUAAACAACCAAGUAAAUCUAUUGUUAGCUGCCUAUUUCGGAAAAUAUGUCCAACACUUCUGCAUUUCCACGCCUCUACUAAGAGCAGUGGCAGUCCUAGCUUGAAUGGCACCCUGUGCGAGACACCCCUUUGGCGCCCGCCACACCGCCACCAACACACAGACAAGCACACAACACACCAACCCUAAUAAAAAAAUAAAUAAAAAUAAGAAACACUGGAGUGGAUCUUGGGAGUGGAUUAAAUAAAUAAAAAUACAGCAACAGCAAAGCAUAAUGAGAUUUAAGGAGGAAAAAAAUAAUCUUGCAUUCCACAAAUGGGGGAAAAAAAAUUAAGGGAACCUCAUGGCAAUAAUUUUGGCUUUGUUUCCCAGCGUGUUGAAUUUUAUUUUAGGGAUUAGAGUGUUGUUACGUCUCUUCUACAGAGGGCGACUCCACAAAGGGGUGCAAAUGCCCCAUACAAACGCCACUGAUUGAGGUCUCAUGCCAUUACGCAACAGAAAACCAUUUCACUUUGCAUUUAUUUUUGUGGUGCGUUGCCACUCUGUGCAACCACACAUUACGCACAUGCCAGAAACCACCACUCGUGGCAGGCAUGCAUUUGGUACCAGACCCUUCAGUGGGUACUGUGGUACCAAAUUUAAUCCAAAUUACAUCGCAAAUGUAGAAACCAUAAAUACCAUACAAAAACGCAAUAUAAAAGCAUGUAACUAUGCCAUAUAGAUUGCCUAGAACGGUUCAGAAUUAAUAUUUACCCAAUAACACGAUAAAAACAUACCAAAGUUAAAUAGGAUGCAUCAUAGUCAACAGAGAUGCUUAUUAUUGAAUGCAUAAAUAUGUGAUGACUUGCGAGUCAAACUUGAGAUAACAUUUCAGGUCCGUGCAGUGGGAAUAGACAGAGAAAGAGGAAAAAAAAAAAAACGCAAAACAACAAAUGAGGCAGAAACCCAGUGCUGGUACUGUAUUUGACAAAUGCUCUUUGUUUAUUCAAGCCACAUUGUAUUAAGUCUGUUUGUGCAGUAACUAUUUGUUCUUACAUGAAACCAAAAAAGGAGAUCUCACGUUGCCAGGUACCGUAUUUUCACGACCAUAAGGCGCACUUCCAUCCAUCCAUCCAUUUUCUUUACCGCUUCUCCUCACUAGGGUCGCGGGCUGCUGGAGCCUGUCCCAGCUAUCUUCGGGCGGGAGGCGGGUACAUCCUGAACCGGUCGCCAGCCAAUCGCAGGGCACAUAGAGACAAACAACCAUUCGCACUCACAUUCAAACCUACGGGCAAUUUAGAGUCUUCAAUCAACCUAGCACGCAUGUUUUUGGGAUGUGGGAGGAAACGGGGAGAACAUGCAAACUCCAGACAGGCGGGACCGGGAUUUGAACCCCGGUCCCCAGAACUGUGAGGCAGAUGUGCUAACCAGUCGGCUACCGUGCCGUUAAGGCGCACUUAAAAAUCUUAAAUUUUCUCCAAAAUGGACGGGGCGCCUUGUAAUAAUUAUGUGUGCACCGAGUUCUAAAAUCUAUAAAAGUUGUUGUGUGAUGAGCGCUCCGCUUGACUGAGUGGGAGCAUUUCCUGCCGACAAGCUGCUUAUAUAGAGGAAGGCGAACGUGGCUGAGGACAGCAUGCGGACGUUAAAGGGGGAAGGGUGCGCGUGACAGAGGACGCUCAAGGCACGCCCCCAGUAGGUAUAUAGCGCCGGUAUGUGCAUUACGAGACACGCUUACGAAGCACAGUUUAAACUGCAAGCUAUUAGUUACGGGGAGGAACAUGGGAAUCGAGCAGCCGGGAGAGAAUUCAAGAUCAACAAAUCCGUGGUUCGCAAGUGGAGGAAGCAGGAAAACGAGCUUCGCCGAGUCAAGAAGACGAAGCUGAGUUUACGCGGAAACAAGGCGAGGUGGCCUGAGUUGGUCUUCCAACUCGAGCCACCUCGCCAAAGAACAGCAAAGAAUGAGCAAAGAACAGCCGGGAGAAGCGUCUCUACAGGCACCAUUCGACUGAGUGCAAUAACUCAGAGCUUGCCAUCAUUCCGGGAGGCUUGACGAAGGACUUCCAACCGCUGGACAAAACAGGGCGGGCGUUCAACGUGAAGUUGCGAGGGAGCGAUGGAUGACAGAUGGCGAACACAGUUUAACUAAGACUAGGAGGCAGCGCCGGGCGAGUUACGCCACAAUUUGUGAAUGCAUUGUGGAUGCUUGGGCUAAUGUGUCUGCUUGCACUGUUGUUUGAGCUUUCGUAAAAGUCGGCAUCAUUUCUGAGGAGCCGCAGGGCAGCGAGACCGACUCCGACAAUGACGAGAGGGAACCUGGCAUGUUUGAUUGAGAACUUGCCCAGCUGUUCAUUUCGGAUACAGAAGAUGAGGACUUUGAUGGAUUUGUGGAUGAGGAUUAAUCAAAAAAUAACGUGAAUACAUUGUUAAAUACUUCAAUAAAUUACGACCUUACUCAGUUUUGCGCCCGCUGCCUUUUUAAAAACAUUGUUUUAGCGUGCAUGCAUGCUACCGUAUGUUUUAAGCUAGCGUAUGUUUUACCAUGCCUGCGCCCAAUAAAACGGUGCUCCUUAUGUAUGUGUUAAAUACGCAAAUAGACCCCAUAACUGCGACUGCGCCUUUUAAUACGGUGCGCCUUGUGGUCGGGAAAAUACGGUAAGUUGCGUGACAAAAGAAAAGAGGCACUGCAUCAACUGCGUCCAUGUCUCUAUCUGGUUGGAAGCUAUUCAAAGGUGCUGCCUGACGACAUCGCUUCCAGGCGACACACAGUAAGAGAACUACAUUACCCAAACGACUGUUACAUGUUAUGACCAACCAAUCAGAGGAUGGUAAAAUGCUGACGUUAUUGCCCUCUGAGGCAAAUCUCAACUCAUGGUUAAUACAAUAUAGUUAGUCGGCCAGCAUGACUGAUUUUGAAGGCUGAUAUUGACGUUUUUUUCUGUCAAUACGGGGUGCUGUGUGUAUACACGUUGAGAAAGAUUUUUUUUGGUCCAUAUGUGCCCUGCGAUUGGCUGGCGACCAAUUCAGGCUGUACCCCGCCUUUCGCCCAGAAUUAGCCGAGAUAGGUGCCAGCACGCCUGCGACCCUAGUGAGGAUAAGCGGUACGGAAGGAUGGAUGCGUAGUCUGCUGGAGCGCCUCGUUGUCGGUUGUGAGUGCAUGCAUGUAAUGUAGAGAAAGGAAGAAUAGCAAGAAGGGGGAAGAGAAAAAAAAGUCUUGACUUGACAGCCAGCGAGUGGACCGGGGCCUCGUGCUGGUGUGUCAAAUUACAAAGACAUGUAUUUGCACUUUACAGGGACUUUAUUUUUUGAGCUAAAGAUAUCUUUUACAAUUUAAAAUGUUCAAAUAUGUUUAGUCCUGUCAGUGUACAGAACCUAUAAUGACACUAAUCACAUGAUUUGACAGGCCCAUAAUGAAAAGAUAUAAAUAGUUCAUAUGCAACCACAGCUACACAAAAUGAAUGUUUGUUGCGUGAGAAAAAGGUAGUUUUUCUACACACUGUACAUUAUAUACAUUCAUGAUUUAGAAUAGGUAAAUGAGCAUGCGAUGAAUAACUUUUUAUUGUUUAGAAAUAACUAAAUCGCUAGAAAUGUCAUCUUUCUCAGCUCUCAUUAUUUUAGAGGUUUGUUUUUUGCAUUCCAUCCCAGCCUGCUGUCUCCAGUUCCCUUAUGUCUACAUCUGGGUCUCUGCUUAAAAACAUGAUUUCUUCUGUACAAAGGUUAAAGAAAUAAUAAACUAAAAUCACCAGGCUUGACCUCGUGUUCCACAGUUCCUCUGCUAGGCUUCCUGAAGCGUUAUGUUGGCACUUGACUGGAGAUGGGACUCUCCAUCUCCACC